CUGGUGACGUUGGAGGGGGUGGGACUUCCGCCUCUGCCUGUGGCGGAGGUCUUUGCAGUGCGGGUCCCGCCCCCUGUCAGGCGCUGGGGCCGGAAGAUGGCGGCGGCCGCGGAGCUGAAGCUGCUAGAGAAGUCCCUAGGGCUGAGUAAGGGAAAUAAGUACAGCGCUCAGGGCGAGCGACAGAUUCCAGUUCUUCAGACAAACAGUGGCCCAAGUCUAACAGGAUUGACAACAAUAGCAACUCAUCUAGUCAAGCAAGCCAACAAGGAACAUUUGUUGGGAAACACUGCAGAAGAAAAAGCAAUGGUCCAGCAGUGGUUAGAAUACCGAGUCACUCAAGUAGACAGACACUCCAAUAAAGAAAAUAGCCAUGCUCUGUUGAAGGAUCUUAAUUCAUAUCUUGAAGAUAAAGUCUACCUUACGGGAUAUAACUUUACCUUAGCAGAUAUUCUGUUAUACUAUGGACUUCAUCGCUUUAUAGUUGAUCUGACAGUCCAAGAAAAGGAGAAAUAUCUCAAUGUGUCUCGCUGGUUUUGUCACAUUCAGCACUAUCCAGGCAUCAGGCAACAUCUGUCUAGUGUUGUCUUCAUCAAGAACAGACUGUAUUCCAACUCCCACUAGAAGUUACCGAUGCCCUGCAGUACAGAAGCGUGAUUAAAACUAUUUAAAUGGAAAGUGUAUUCUUUACACAGGACUAACAUAAAUUGAUAUGCAGUCAUUGUGUAUUUGUUGGAGCUGAUAGAAUUUUUAAAAGUGUAAACUAAUGUCUGAAUGUCUUAUUUGCUCAUUAGUUGAAGUCUUGCACUUUUUUGUGUAAAACCUUGACUGCUAUCAAAAAAAGUUGAUCAGGCUAUAAACUACCUUGUUUUUACAGGUGAAUUUAUUUUAAUAAAGGUUGCAAAUCAGUGGCUUAAUCCUAAAAUAAAUUUAGGUCAUCCUGUGAAUGGUUGACUCAUUUGGCUAUUUAACUUUUUUCAUAUUUUAAAAUUUAUUUUCCUCUCACAGAUAUUUACAGUAGUUUAUUAAAAACUGAUAAAUUAUGCCAGUGAUACAGAAAGGAAGACAGCUGUAUUUGUUUUCAGAUGUUUAUGUGAGCUAGUAAGUGUGGUUUAUUUAAAAAAAAAAGACAAAACUUUUUUGUUUGUUUCUUUCCUGUAUUCCGUAUCCAUCGGGAUGAAACUAACUGCUGACUUCCUAUGGAGGGGAGGGCAAUAAAGUACAUUCCUCUUGA